CUGUUAUGGACAUGGUUAUUACAAACUUGCAACAGCAGCGUCAAGUGACAGAGCAAUUGCGUCGCGAGGCCGCCUUGAAACGAAUUACGGUGAGCAAAGCCGUUGAGGACAUCAUAAAAUACAUCACCGAGCAUGAGCAGGAGGAUUGUCUGUUGGUAGGCUUCUCAUCACAGAAGUCCAAUCCCUUUCGUGAGAAAAGUACCUGCAUUUUACUUUAAGUCUGCAUGCUUGAAAUGAAAAUGAAGAAAUGUAAGGAAGAACCUCAUAUUUACUUCCUUGUAACCAUAUUGAUACAUUAUUUGUAACAUCUAAGGAAUUUCCUAUUUAAAUUUAUGAUACAUAUAUAUAAAAUUGUUGAGCAUAUAAAAAAUUAAAUUUUUAUCUUAACAUUUGCUGUUAGAAAUACUUUUCUGAUAACAUUUUUAAGAUAUACAAGAUAUACAAGAGAAGAAUUGAAUCUCAUGUGAGUUACAGGAAUUUGCCUUAGUUUGUUAUGGCCUAAUCAGAAUUAUUGUAAAUGUAAUAGAAAUAUAUUUGAAAAUAUAUUUUUAUAUACAUGUAUAAAAGAAGUUACAUAUUUGUAUGCAUUUAAAUUACUAGAAUAAACAUUUAGAUGCAGAGU